GAUGUUCUACAAUAUGAGAGUGUAUAUAUGGCGGAGUUGCGUAUGACUCACAGGCAUGCAACAGAAGAUGAGCUUCGACAACUUAGAGAUAACGGAUUUGCUGCGUGGCUUCGUAGUUAUGUGAAUGAUGGUUUGGCCAGAGGUCUUGUGUUCGAUGAUUGGGUACGCGAAUUUGUGCAGGGACCAAACUAUGUGGUCAAAUCAUAUCCUAAAUUUUGUACGCGAGGAUAUGCAUUCACAAGGAAAGGUCAUUCUAAGACAACAUAUGAUGCUGGUGUUUCAUCUUCUUCUGGUGACGAUGUCUACUACGGCAACAUAAAAGAAAUAUUGGAAAUCCAAUUUCCUGGAAUGGUUGGAUUGCGUUGUGUAGUAUUCUAUUGUGAUUGGUAUGACACCACCCCAGAUAGAGGAGUGAAGAUUGAUGCGUUUGGUGUUACAUCAGUUCAUUCGCGGCGGAAACUUCAAUAUUAUAAUCCUUUCAUUCUUGGUUCUUACCCUCGGGUGAUGUACAGAGACGAUCCAUGGGUUACUGUAACGCAAAUCAACCCAAGAGGACGAGUGGAUGGAACUUCUGAUGAUGAUGAACCAUUGCAACCAGAUUCUACCAGCAACGCUCAGGCAGUUGAAGAUCUGGAAAAUGUUCAACUUGUUGAGAAUUUGACUGUGUUUGGACAUGAUGCUGUUGUACAUUCGGAGCCAGAAGCCGAGGUUGGGGAGUUUGAUGAAGAUUCAGAAAAUUCAGAUUAG